AUGAGCGCCGAAGAAAGCACAGAACAGCAGACAACUAUUGCUGAAGUAGCUGAAGAUCAGCAAUUCGAGGAUAAUCCUCAGGAGCAGCAACAGUCUGUCAGCGAACUGGAGAAACAAGAGGAAGAAAAAAUGAAGGCUAAAUACGGCUCAAACGUUGGAAUGGGUGGCCCACGUGGCUUGGGCGGCCAUUCAGCGUUCCUGCAAAAACGUCUUCAGAAAGGUCAGAAGUAUUUUGAUUCUGGCGAUUAUCAGAUGGCUAAGCAGAAGGGAGGUGGUGUGAAGCAGGUGUUUGCAAACAAAGUUCCCACGGGCGAAGCGAUACCGACUCCUGAAACGGUUCCAGUGCGGAAAACCUCCAUUAUUCAGACCUGCAACAAGUUUCAAAGUUAA